UACGCAAUUAUUUUAAAAUCACGUGAUAUGUAAUGACUAAAUGAAUUGUAAAAAAAAAAAACGAUAAUCGGAUAAAAAAAAAAUCAUCAUAAUUAAAAAAUAAUGGAUAAAAAUGAGAAAGAAGCAACUUUUAUGAAGGUAUCGACAGAAGUAUUAAGUAGUAGUGAAGGGGAAUAUAGUUCUGACGAAGACGAUUAUAAAGUGAAUUAUGAGAUUGAGGGAGAUACACAAACUUUUUCGUUAGAUAUUAAUAAUGAGAAAGCAUUAAAGAAGAAAUUAGAAACUAUCAAGGAUAAAGGUGAUAAAACAACACCAGGAGUUGUAUAUCUUGGAAGAAUACCUCAUGGAUUUUAUGAGGAACAGAUGCAAUCAUAUUUUGAGCAGUUUGGAACUGUCACUAAAUUAAAAUUAUAUAGAAAUAAGAAGACUGGAAAACCAAAACAUUUCGCAUUUAUUGAAUUCGCAUCUAAUGAAGUUGCAGAAAUAGUGGCCGAAACAAUGCAUAAUUAUCCUUUAUUUAAUCGACUUCUUCAAUGUAAAAUAGUACCUCAAGAAAAAAUAAAUCCUUACAUGUGGAUAGGAGCGAAUAAAGUUUAUAAACCUGAACCAUAUCUUAAAAUGGAAUUAAAAAGGCGUACCAAAAAGAAAUCAUUAAAACAAGUAGAGAAUAAAAUUCAAAAAUUAGUUAAAAAAGAAGAAAUGAAACGAAAAAAAUUAAAAGAUUUGGGAAUUGAUUAUGAUUUUCCUGGUUAUGCUGCAUGUGUUAUGCCAAAAGCUAAACAUAUAAAAUUUGAAGAUUCAGAAGAGAAAGAGAUAAAGAAAAAAAAGAUUAAAAAGAUUACAAAAUAGAUAUUGUUUAUAAAAUUUUAAUCAAUUAAAAGUUAAAUAAAUAAUAUUAAUGAGAUUCUUUUAAGAAAUUCAGUUUGUAAUGUCUAAUUGAUUUAAAGUACAA